CAUUCAUAAAAAAAAGGAAAAAGUUCAUUCAUGAAAAUUGCAACAUCCUGCGCCUGCACUCAGAGCAGAGCUGUGUAGCAGUGAAGAUGACCUGGCCUGUGAGAGACAGAGGAGCCUGAGGGGGGAGACCGGAGCGUCCGACAGGGGCCACAAGUGUGAGGGGAGAGAGGUGUGUGUGCGCCGUGUGGCCUGUGUGUGUAUCUGUGUAUGUUCGUGUGUGUGUGUGUGUGUGUGUAUCUGUGUGGAGUGCCUGUGAGAAUUAACGUGUGUGUGUGUGUGGAGACUGCAGUGAAUGCCAUGGACUGCCUGAAGAGAAGUGGACCAGCCAAUGAAAUGGGACAAGACCGCAGAACUGGUUUAGAUACCGCACGAGACGGUAGUGAGCAAGCGGACCUGGUUUGGGAAGCUUCCCCCUGUCUCUGGCUAUGAGAGAAGCGACCCGUCUGAAUCCCAGCGCACCGCGUGUAGGACCCUUCUCGCAGAUAGACAUGCUGCACCGCACCAAGUACAGCCGCUUCCGCAACGACUCCCUCACCUCCCUGGAGGACUGCCCUCCCAACACCGCGGCCUUGACAGCGACCACUAAAGCGGCUCCCUGCCCGGCCUCCUCAGUGACCUCCCUGUGCGGCUCGCCCGUGUCCGGCUACCCCCCCCACCGGGACACUUUGGGUUCCCCCGAGGAAGGCACCUCCACCCUCUGCACCUUCAUACCCCGGAUGGCCAACAUCAAGAUCUCCAGCCCUGGGACUCUGCUGGGGCUAAAGAGCCUGGCUCUGGCCUCUAGAGAGGGGCCUCGGGGUAAACUGUCCCCAGACUGUGGGACGGCCAAGCCCCAGCACCACCUCUCUGGGUACCUGCCCCCCUCCUCUCACCUCCGACAGGGGUUCGGGGACGGCAAGCUGGCUGUCCGGACCGAGGUCUUCCGCUCUUCCCCUCUCAAGCCCACCGCGGGGACAGAGUGUCCCACCCUGGACGUUCUGGAAUCGGGAAUGACCUAUCAUAUCAAGUACAUGGGCUGUCUGGAGGUGGUCCAGUCCAUGAGGAUGCUGGACUUUGAAACGAGAACACAAGUCACACGGGAAGCCAUAAGUCGUCUGUGCGAGUAUGUGCCAGGUGCAAAGACGGCAACCAAGCGGAAGAAGCCCGCAAGUAAAGGAUUGUCAACCAUUCUGGGCAAGAGCAACUUGCAGUUUUCUGGGAUGAACAUCAAACUCAACAUCUCAACAGACAGUCUGAGUUUAACAACUCUGGACUCCCAGCAGACUAUUGCCCACCACCACAUGCAGGCCAUAUCCUUUGCCUCCGGAGGAGACCCUGACACAACCGAUUAUGUCGCUUACGUCGCCAAAGAUCCGGUUAAUCAAAGGGCUGUUCAUAUAUUGGAAUGUCCAGAAGGAUUGGCCCAAGAGGUGAUACACACUAUCGGACAAGCUUUUGAGCUUCGUUUCCGACAGUUCCUAAAGAACCCCUCCUCUCUCAUUGCGACCAAGCAAAGGGCAACGGAAGCAGGCGGCGGCGGAAGCCGGGGUCAGGAGAGCGCCGAGGUCCACGAGUAUUAUAACGAGAUACCCGGCAAAGAGCCGCCCCCGGGUGGGCUACUCGAUAUGCGGGUCGGACCGAAAGCACCGCAGCAGCCCCCCAGUGGCAGCCAGGCAGAAGAAGACGAUCUGCGAAGACCGGGAUGCCCGGAGCACUUGAACGUGUAUGAAAAUUGCUCUCUCACGCACAUGCAACUUCCAUCUGCAGAUUUGGAGAAGGGCGUUCCCGUGCUCCUGCCGGACAGUAAGGAGGCGGCGUACAGCACACUGGGGGAGGAGGGUGGCCCCGUGCCGGGCGGGCCUGCACAGGCCCUGGAGCCGCUCCAGCUGGAGGUGUGGUACCACGGCAGCCUGAGCCGGCGGGAGGCUGAGAGCCUGCUGAAGCACAGCGGGGACUUCCUGGUGCGGGAGAGCACUUCCUCCCCCGGCCAGUACGUCCUGAGCGGCCUGGAGGGGGGCGCUGCCAAACACCUGCUGCUGGUGGACCCGCAGGGAAUGGUGAGGACAAAGGACCACAUAUUCGACAGUGUGGGACACCUGAUUCGCUAUCACAUGGACAAUCAGAGACCAAUCGUCUCUUGUGGGAGUGAGCUGUGCCUGAAACAGCCGGUCAUUCAUUAGUGGUCAUUCAAAAACAGUGACAGUGUUCAGACUGGAUAUUAAACAGUGGACUUAAUCAUUCUAUCUUUGAUCGAGCGUUCUGGCACAUUCUACCAAAAGGACAAAGUGUUCAGACUGUAACUUGCAUGGUCAGACUUUUUAUCACAGUCAUACAUAGAUAUUCUACUUUUUUUGGCAGUUGUAUUUUUACCAUUGUAAUUUUGGGUUGGAAGUAAAAAAAGAGUACUUGCAUUUGACAAAAGAAAAAGAAGAAUAGCAGGUGACAUGUGGCGUGCAUUCUGUGUUUAUGCCUCAAAGCACAAAGCUGUAGAGCAAGUGGCUGGCUGAUUGACUUUAGUCUCUGUGUUGGUGAAAAUGGUUAUUUUUCUGCUCCUGAAAAUGUGCCUUGAUGCAGUAUUCAGCUUCAGGGGCAGGUUUGCCAGGUUUGUACAGAUUGUACAAUAUAGUGUAUAUCACUGAAUAGUGUAUAUUCAGUCCUGGUCCUGGAGAGCAGCAGGGUCUGCUGGUUUUUGUUUUCGCCUUAAUAUCAGCAACUAAUUCAGACCCAAGAAACAAGGCGAGGUGAGUUAACUGUGCAAUUAAGUGUUUUAAUAGACCAGUUGUGUGUAGAGUUACACCCUGCACCUCUCCAGGACCAGGAGUGAGGACCACUGUUGUAUAGCAUCUGACACACCGCAAGGCUUAGCCCAUGAUAGACAGCCAAUGUAUAAGAUAGUUUAAUAAAUAACAUUAAUUUGAGGACACUUUAACAAUUACAAUAUAUUUUUUAUAUUUAUAAUAGAAGCUUUGGUCUGAGUACUAUGUCAAAUUUAUCCACCAUAUACUGUACAUCUCUGUUUGUCAUUAGCAGUAAGCUAAUAUAGAGUUCUAAAAUAUGCAAGGUCUAUUGGAAAUGUAUACAAAUGUUUAUUUUUGAAAAUCAUUAUAAUAGUAGAAGCAUAUCUAGCACAAUGCUGGAUAGUGGUAUUGCUUAUUGAUUUUAUUUUCAUACACACAGAACCUGUGGACCAAGGCAUUGCUCUGUGCAUGUGUGCAGAUGAAAUAAAAUUAACUGACGCCAGUGCAAGUCCA